AUCCCUAAUUAGAAAGCCCUCGAAUCUUUGUAACUAAAUGUGGUGCUAGGUAUGCAAAUUUUGCUGAGUUUGGGAAAAUGGCGGAAUUUCUGGAAAGUUUGUUUGCUACUUUUGCUUUCUGCUCCGCAUUUUCCAAGUAGUACAGAAGCUCCAUACCAGCCAUGGCCAUGUCAAGAGGCCAUCUUGCUGCAGGGAAGCAGAGACUGAAAGACAAACUGAUGACAAUUGAUGAGCUGAAAUCUCGUGUUUUUCAGUAUGUAACCAACCUUACUGAACAGCCCACAGAGGCAGCUCUGCAGUUGCUAGAAGAGACAGACAGGGGGCACUUCUUUGGGAAGUUCUCUUCAGUCAGCGAGGACCUGGAGAAGUGUCUGGACACCCUGUUUCUGCUCUGUGUGUCCCUCAACAACGAUGAAGGAGAUGGCUGUGACAUCCCCAGUUCAGAACUGUCAAGCAGUGAGUCAUCAGAGUUUAACAACAGGGCAGUCAAACAGCCAGGCUUACCUGGGAAGACAGAAACUUCACCUGACACUGGCUCUGAACACACUGGAAGGAAGAAACACAAGACAUUUGAGUUAAAGGAAGUAUCUCAUCAGGAUGAAUCUGGGUUCUCAUCUAUUCAGAUAGACUCAGAGUCAGACACUGUCCAAGAAGAGACCUGCAAGAAAGAUGAGUCUGUCACCAGUUUGAGUUCUUCGUGUCAAUCUGGACAAUUUUUGUUUGUUCAAACCAAUGAUGCAAAAGACAGAGAAGAAAGGAUCAAUCAAGAAGAGCCUCACGCCUUUCAGAGCUCUCCUGAUCAACCGGGUAGUAUUUCCAAAGAUUGCACUGCAAUACAACAACAGGGGAUGGAAACGCAUCUUGAGAGAAAAGAAUCAAUCAUCAAGCUUAAGGUAUCAUCUGGAAAUUGUUGUGAUGUAGACAAUGAAGGACAGAAAAGCCUUAAAGACGUAAAGCUAUGCAACGUGUCAGGAAAAGAGGUAGGGCAGCCAGAAAAAAGACAAGAUAAUGGCAUGGUCUUGCGCAAGGAAGAUGGAGCAAAUGUCUCUGGAGAGUCUCUUGCAACUUUGCAGAACUGUAGUCAGGGCACUGACUGCAAGUCUUUUGUUAAGGAACAGCAAGAAUCUCAUCUUGUCUUUGGCUCAGCUUCAGCCGCCAGGAUGGAAAAGUGUAGUCCCCGUAUGUGGUUUAACGGAGAAGAGGUUCCGCUGCCUAGUGACUCUGAGUCCGAGCUGUCAUCAUACUCCACGUCUCAGCCAAACAGGAACGUAUCACACAGCAGCGAAGACUACUCUAGCAAGGACACAGACCUCUCAUCACCUCCGAAGGAACCCCCUUGGUCUGUCAUGAAACAAGCUGAAGAAAUGGAGGGAAAUUAUGAUUUUGACAAUCAGCCACGUGUAUGCACUGGCAGGAAAAGAACAGAAGAGGAAGACGUCCAUGGUCAAGAUUCGCCAGCUGCUCAGAGUCUUGGCCACAUUGCUAUUAAGAAAGACUUGGAGAAGGCACAGGUGACAGAAACUGCUGAGCUAGGGUGUGCUACCUCUGGUACGAAUGAAGGUACAGGCACGGUUUCAGUUGCAUCUUCUACUGAGGACUUAGAGGAUGUGCUGGCCAGUCAGCACUGUUUGACAGAUGCUGUUCUGACUCCAGCUCAGUCCUGCCACACAGACGAAAAGUCUUGUCAAUCUGAGUCGUACAUUGAAAAAAACAGUUUGUUGCAGCAGGGUAACCAGUCGUUGGUUCCAGUCACUCCAAUAUGCCAUUCCAGUCCUAUUCAUUCCAACCCACCCUUGCUGGCAAGGGAAACUUUCUCUCCUGGUUAUGAAGACCAUGCAGAAGUGAAGCCAGCUGACAUUGAUCCAAAGGGAGAAAAAGAGAACAUGCCAUCACCAGUGCAGCCCUCUAGCAAUACUGAUGGAAACUGCAUCAGAACAAAAUCAUCUCCAGACAAAGCAACGAGUGAACAGGACUACUGUGUUUCAGCAGAUCAUACUCAGGAAAGCAACUCGAGCAUUUCACAUCCACCCCUGUGCCAGUCAAGUCCUCCUGGACCUCCACCAGAAGGUGCUGAAAGACUGUUCCCAGGUGAUGAGAACUGCUCUGAGUCACACCUGCAUCAGAAGAGUAAGGAAGAGGAGCCAAACACUUCUGCAUCAUCCGUAAACACAACAGACACUGCAACUGUCGGCUGUGUUCCAUCGCACAACUCUGCUGGAUACUCAGUACAAACGAAUCCACCUGAUCAGCGACCUCUUCCAGCAGCACCUGUAUUUUCUACUCAUCAGAACAGCAGUGAUCAGACCAACAUGCACCACUGUCCACAGGUGCAAGGAUCUCAGGUACAUGGACUACAAGUGCAAGGACCAUAUAUGCAAGGAACACAGAUACUAGGAACUCAGGUGCAAGGAUCACAGGUGCAAGAACUACAAGUACAAGUACCACAAGUGCAGGGACCACAUGUGCAAUCACUGGCAUUCUCCAAUGGUGAUUCCUUCGAUGUGGUGGUAUCAGAUAUCGACAACCCCUCCCACUUCUGGAUCCAGCCUGCAGGCGACCAGCUGAAUCUCCUAACAGAACAACUUAGCUUGUUUUACGAGAGGUCCACCCUGCCACCAGGCCUGCCCUACACGCCUGAGGUGGGAAUGUUCUGUGCCGCCUGCUUCACACAGGAUAACACUUGGUACCGCGGGCUCAUCACAGCUGUGCAUAAUGUGGAGGGGACAGGCAUAGCUGAACUGCUGUCACCUUCUGCUUCACAUUCAUCAGGUCCUGCAGUGUUCCAGACACCACAGACAGAUGUUGAUAUCCUGUAUGUGGACUAUGGAAACCGUGAACGCCUCUCCAUGUCUAGAGUUAAGAAACUACAUGAGCAGUUUACUUAUCUACCCUGCCAAGCUCUCUGCUGUGGACUGGCAAAGGUUAUGCCAGUUGACGACAGUGGCUCUUGGACAUCCCAACAGACCGUAUGGUUUGCCAGGCAAGUUCUCGGCAAGAAGCUACAAGCUGUGAUUGACCUAGAUCGUUCCAGUCAUUCCACAGAAGUGGAUCUCUACUACUCCAUUCCUGGAGGCCAGAAUCCUCAAGGUCAGGGGUCAGCCAGGGUUAACAUAUCUGAGUUGAUGGUGUCUGAGAGGAUGGCUGUGAAGAGGAUGCCUGUGCACAAUGCUCCUGAAGAUAUGUCCAAGGAAGUUGUGCAGAGUGGUAAGUUCAUCGACCAGACUCCAGGAUCUCCCACAGUGGCUAGACCAGCUCAACAGAUGAUCCUGAACCACGAGAAGAUGCUUCAAGCCCAGGCACAGGCAGAUUGGCUCCUCCAGCAGCAGCAGCAGGAACUGCAGCUCAGAAGGCAGAGGAGUUGCCAGACCACGAGCACCAAUAAUGUCAGAGACAGUAAGAAGCCAGUGCCACAGAAAAAGGAUGCAAACAAUACUGAAAAGCAUGUUGCGCAGAACUCUUCAAAGCUUCCUGAAGGGAAUCCAGUACCGUCUGAGGAAAAGCUGAAGAAAAAGGAAAGUUCUGUCAGCAAAGCUACAACUGCAACCCGUGAUGCCAUGGAGGGUAUGUUGGUAAAGGAAAUGGGCAUGAAGGAUGGAAAAAUUGCCAAAGCACAAAGCUUGUCAACUGCCCCUCUGCCAAAGGACUGGGAACACGAAAAAGCAGACACUAGCAUUGAUGAGUAUCUGGACAGUCUGGCCACAGUUCCCCAGCAGGCAGAAAAUGGUGAGUGUGUCACAUCCAGAGACAAGGAGCACUGCUCAGAAGUAGCACCAGACAACUCUGCUAGGCGAAAGAAAGCCGUGAAAACUAACGAUGUAGAACAUGUGUCGCAAGCAAAUAGAUGUGAGAGUAGUAGUCCCAAAUCAGGAGAUAUCAUCAGCCCCCAGUGGAAAAAUCAAAUCAAAAACCUAAGUAGAAAUGAAAGAAAGCCGAGGAAGAGAAGUGUUAUAGGCAAGGGUAGAGGGGUAAAGAUAUUCUCGUCUUCGGGAUCCACAACAAGUGAGGAAGACGAUCGUAACUGGUGGCGCAAUGACAGUACACAAAAACAGAACUCCCUUCACGAGAAUAACAUAAAGGGUGCCACUGAACAGAAAGAAGGAAAAGAAAGCAGUGUAAAAGAAGGGUGUUCUGAGGAUGCUGAUGAAGAUGACAGCAUCCAAGUGAAAAAGCGGAUGGUGAACUUACAGGAGGACGGCUCCUUUCUCCUGAUGACAUCAUACAUCGUGGAUCCCUCCGAGUUCUAUGUACACCCAGUUACACCCGACGCAGCAAAGAUCGACCACCUCAUGAAAGAGCUAAACAAGUUUUACCAAGAGAAGGGGGACGUGCUGAGAAACAUCACGUUCGAGCCAUGUGUCAACGACAUCUGCUGUGCACGAUUCAGUAAGGACAAGACCUGGUAUCGUGCCCAGAUCUGUACCGUAACGUACAAGAGGACGGAACAAGGUACUGGGCCACCUGGCGAAAAACAGCAGAGAAAGUCUGAAGCAGAAGGUUUGGAUUGCUGCCAGGUACAAGUCUUCUACGUGGAUUAUGGUAACUUCGAGACGCUGCCUGUGUCAGAGGUGCUCCCGCUGAUGCCAGAGUUUACAGAGGAGCCUGCUCAUGCGGUGAAGUGUAGCCUCUACGGUAUCGUGCCCAUUGCAGAGCCUGGCGAAGAGAAGAUAUCGAAGCCUGCCUGGAGUAGGGAAGCUGCGAAGACUUUUGCUGACCUUACUCACUUUGACAAGGCUCUUGUUGGGUAUGUGAAGCAGCCCAAGCCCGCAAGUGAAGUACAGCCACCCCUGCAGCUUGUACUGGUAGACACCACCGGGUCUGUGGACAUGUGCAUCAAUGAUGAACUGGUCAGCUCUGGAGUUGCAGAGAUGUGUAUCCCUGCUGCUCCCCAACCUGCCAAGCCUUCCACAAACAAAAGUACUGCAUCCAUUCCUGAAGACAUGAACAGUCUUGAUGCCUGGGACCCGCGAGCCAGUGACUACCUGUCAGAAAGGAACAGCUACUUCGUGGAUGUGGACAAUGCAGAGGUGGCCACUAUGGGCUUCAAGUCUCAGGAAAUCCCAGUGUGCAAGUUUUUCCAGCCAGGGUCUACUUGUUGGAAAGGAGACAGCUGUCCAUACCAACACCUGCAGGAUAGGGAGGUCAAAGUCACAGAGAAACGGAUGGUGGUGUGUGCCAACCACAUGGUGGACCUGCCGCCGGUACACACCCUGGUCGCUGUGGAGGUGACGUCCGUCUUCAACCCUGGCCACUUCUUUGUGCAGUUUACUUACUCAGGAGUUCCACAUGAUGACCUCCUAGCAAUGGCUGCAGAUGGUAUUGAUGUUGACAAGCCUAACCCUCUGGAUGAGCUCAGUAAGGAGAUAAAUGACCACUACUCCAAGAAGGUGUACAGUGAGAGAGAGGUGGGCAUAGUUUGGGCACCUGGAGAGAUCGUCAUUGCAAAGUACAGCCAGGACAAUCAGUACUACCGUGCAAGGGUUACUGGUGUGGACGCAGAAACCCAGGAAGUGUGGGUGUACUAUGUUGACUUCGGCAACAAGGAGAGGGUCCGAGAGUCAGACAUCCAUCCGAUAGAACACAGGUUCUGCCAGCUGCCCCACCAGGCCGUGGAGUGCUACCUGGCCAACAUAGAACCCCUCCCCACUGACCAGGGCAAGCCCAGGUGGUCCAAAGCAGCCAGGGAUGCCUUCAUUGACCUAACUGGAGAUAAAGUCCUCAUAGCUCAUGUUCUGUCCAGAGGCUGGAAUGACACCCUGUAUGUGGCCCUGUUCGACACCACCACAGAAACAGACAUCAGGAUUGACUACACCCUGGUGAAGGCAGGGCUGGCUCGGAAAGUCAACAUCUACAACGAGCAGUCCGUACAGGAAAGGAUGAUGGGACACAGGGAGGGUUUGGCACCCGGUUAGGUUAGCCAUUGCUGGUUAUGACUGAAAGUUUGUUUGAACCCCUGCAAUAUUAUUUUGUAACAGCUCUUUUUGAUACCAAAGGUUUUAAAGUUUUUAUGUUUUGUUGGAUGGCUUUUAUGAGAUAUUGGCUGACACAAAGGUAGCUUCCUGUGCAAUUUUACUUUUCUGUACAGCUCUGGUAGUAUACAGCUCUGACAGAAUGCUCAGAUCAUUAGUACUCUAUAUUGUCAGAAAGCAAAGUACAGAAAUCUAGGCACAUUCAGCAAUAGUUGAUGGUCUAGUAUGCCAUAUUGAGCUUGUUAGCAUACUAGAUUGCUAAAGAUGAUUUGAUUCCAUCUAGGUCAUCUGAUUAUGAUUUCUGUGAAUUGUUUUGAUAUAUAGUUUUGUUUUGAUGCAUCAAUCAGUCAAUUUACUUGAAACCAGAGUAAGGUAAGAGGAUGAUCAGUAACUACAUGUCAGUAACUACGUGACAGCACAGGACCAAGAAUCAUGCCAAGUAAGAAAAUUUGAAGAAUGAAACUGAUCGCAACUGACCAUUUCUUGAUGAAAAGGAUUUAUCACAUUUCGAAGAAAGAGCAAUCGUUCGUUUUCAGUAUGCUAGACAUACAUUGUAAUCAUUGCUUCUCUAUAAUUUGUUUAUCAUGUUUCUGCCAGGCAUUCUCAGAUUAUCAAGAAGUACCUACCUUGUGUACAAUAAUCCUUUCUGUUACAUUUAUCAAAGGUUGAAGUUUAGCCUUAAGGCUUCCUUGCAGGAUAGGAAGCAGAGGUUGUGGUUUCAUUGUGUUGCACACUUAUUUCUGUUCUGUCACUUUUUAGCAGGACCAUAGGUAUAGGAUAGAUGGAUAGCCAGUUUUAUCCCUCUUGUUGUUCUUUUUGUUUGUUAAAAGUCCAAAAGUUUGUAGUAGGCACUAUUACUAGUAUUAGGUGUUAUUUUGAUUUGUUAAUGAGAAAUGUCAGGCUUUCAAUCAUGUCAUGAAGCAAAUGGAAGAAGAACAAUGACUUUGUGUGUGUCCUUUUGUUGCAGGACAGGACUGUUUUGUUUAUAACUUGAUGAGGAGGCAUUUUGAUUCUUAUGAUCCAAGUCUUUAGAGUUUGAACAGGGGGAAUUGUAUUAAUACAGAAAUGUGGUAGUUACAUUUGUAUAUUGAAAAGGGGGUGGGGAUGAAUAGGUGGUUAUAAACAAGGAUGAAUACAAUAUGCUAGUAUGAAGGGUGUUGGUGUUAGCCAGCUCUUUGAUAUGACAACAAAUAUCAGUGCUAGUAUGUUAUGCCGAAGGGCGGUUAUACCUGUCUGGUUAAUGAAAGCACAUAGUCAUGCACCCUCCGAGGCCCCUUUAUGAAACAGUCUGUAUCCAGAAAUGUUUCAUUUACAACAUGUAGACUCAAAUAUUAAGGUCAUCAUUAGGAAAAAAAGUAUAACAUAGCAUAUAACAUUUUCUCUAUGUUAUCUUUUUGAUUGGCGUCAUAGUUCUUAUCAUAUUGUACAUGUUUUGUUCCCAUUACAAAAAUACUUAAGUGGCCAAUCCAAAUAUUAAAACCAGUUAUAUGUUUUGUUAAUGAUGUCAACUCAUUUUUCGUCACUGUGAGAAAAAGCAUUCUUUACUCAUCACUCAUACAGAGUCUUAUAUUGGAAAUAUUAAAGUUUAUUGUUUCAGAAAAUGACA